CAUGAGCACACUUAACCACAACCACCAAAGAACAAUCAAGCAUUUCACUAGCUUUAACACAAUUCAAUCCUCAUCGCUCAAUGGCUGCCUCAACCAUGGCUCUCUCCUCACCAUCAUUCACCGGAAAGGCAGUCAAGCUUUCCCCUUCUGCCCCUGAGCUCAUGGGCAAUGGCCGUGUCUCAAUGAGGAAGGCCGCUUCCAAGUCUGUCUCCUCCGGGAGCCCAUGGUACGGUCCAGACCGUGUUAAGUACUUGGGCCCUUUCUCUGGUGAGGCUCCAUCCUACUUGACUGGUGAGUUCCCAGGUGACUACGGCUGGGACACUGCUGGGCUCUCUGCUGAUCCAGAAACCUUUGCCAAGAACCGUGAGCUCGAAGUCAUCCACUGCAGAUGGGCCAUGCUUGGAGCCCUUGGAUGCGUUUUCCCCGAGCUCUUGGCUCGCAAUGGUGUUAAAUUUGGUGAGGCUGUAUGGUUCAAGGCUGGAUCCCAAAUCUUCAGCGAGGGUGGUCUUGACUACUUGGGCAACCCGAGCUUGGUCCACGCACAAAGCAUUUUGGCUAUCUGGGCUUGCCAAGUUGUGUUGAUGGGUGCUAUUGAGGGUUACAGAGUUGCCGGUGGACCACUCGGUGAGAUCACAGACCCAAUCUACCCAGGUGGAAGCUUCGACCCGUUGAAUUUGGCAGAAGACCCAGAGGCAUUCUCCGAGUUGAAGGUGAAGGAGAUAAAGAACGGAAGGUUGGCCAUGUUCUCAAUGUUCGGAUUCUUUGUUCAAGCCAUUGUCACAGGAAAGGGACCGAUCGAGAACUUGGCUGACCACCUAGCUGACCCAGUGAACAACAAUGCCUGGGCAUUUGCCACAAACUUUGCUCCUGGAAAUCUUGUAGCUACUCAAGUCAUAUAUCCAAAACCACAGGUGCAAGUGCUCUAUUGGUUGCAGAUCUUCUCUAAGAUAAGGGCCCUCCCUUAUAUCCCAUUAUAUAGCAACACCAUGAGCACACUUAACCACAACCACCAAAGAACUAUCAAGCAUUUCACUAGCUUUAGUACGAAUCUCUUCAGUCCUCAUUGUUCAAUGGCUGCCUCAACCAUGGCUCUCUCCUCACCAUCAUUCGCCGGAAAGGCAGUCAAGCUUUCCCCUUCUGCCUCUGAGCUCAUGGGCAAUGGCCGUGUCUCCAUGAGGAAGACCGCUGCCAAGUCUGUCUCCUCCGGUAGCCCAUGGUACGGUCCAGACCGUGUUAAGUACUUGGGCCCUUUCUCUGGUGAGGCUCCAUCCUACUUAACUGGUGAGUUCCCAGGUGACUACGGGUGGGACACUGCUGGGCUCUCUGCUGAUCCAGAAACCUUUGCCAAGAACCGUGAACUCGAAGUCAUCCACUGCAGAUGGGCCAUGCUUGGAGCCCUCGGAUGCGUUUUCCCCGAGCUCUUAGCUCGCAACGGUGUUAAAUUCGGUGAGGCUGUAUGGUUCAAAGCCGGAUCACAGAUCUUCAGCGAGGGUGGUCUCGACUACUUGGGCAACCCGAGCUUGGUCCACGCACAAAGCAUCUUGGCUAUAUGGGCUUGCCAAGUUGUAUUGAUGGGUGCUAUCGAGGGUUACAGAGUUGCAGGUGGUCCACUAGGUGAGAUCACAGACCCAAUCUACCCAGGUGGAAGCUUCGACCCCUUAAAUUUGGCAGAAGACCCGGAGGCAUUCUCCGAAUUGAAGGUGAAGGAGAUAAAGAACGGAAGGUUGGCCAUGUUCUCGAUGUUCGGAUUCUUUGUUCAAGCCAUAGUAACUGGAAAGGGACCGAUCGAGAACUUGGCCGACCACCUAGCUGACCCAGUGAACAACAAUGCCUGGGCAUUUGCUACAAACUUUGCUCCUGGAAAGUGAAGGGCAAAUGUUUGAGUGAUUUUGUAUAAUGUGAUGUAAAUUAGAAAUUAGUGUAUACUACAAGUGGCAAUGUAUCAAAAACUAUUAUCAUUGGAUUUGAAGAUAAAUUCAUUAGUUUAACAA